CGGACAUAACUCAUAGUGAAACCCGGCGUUUUUAGUGGAUUCUGGACACUACUCGUGUUGCGCUUGAAAUAAACUGUGGCAAAGAAGAGGUGAAAGGGGACUUUGGACUGCAGCUUUUUCUUAGAUAAACAUAAUAAAGCAAAGAGGAGGAGAAGAGACGACUUCUCUCUAUAACCGAGGGAAAAGAUGGAUUUAUUCGUGUGGCUUUGUGGAUGUUUACUGGCUUUUCUUUUGCCUUCAUCAGUCACAACAGAGGAAGGAGCGUCUGAACCAUGCGGUGGCUUUUUAGAUGCCAGCGAUGCCGGCUACAUCACCACCCCCGGCUACCCCCUUGAGUACCCACCUCAUCAGAACUGCCGCUGGGUCAUCACAGCCCCCGAACCAUCGCAACGCAUCGUCCUCAACUUCAAUCCGCACUUUGAGAUAGAGAAACUGGACUGCAGGUAUGACUACGUAGAAAUCCAUGAUGGGAACUCAGAGACAGCUGACCUAUUAGGAAAGCACUGCAGCAACAUCGCCCCUGCACCAAUCAUAUCAUCAGGUCCCUCACUUCACAUCAAGUUCGUAUCUGACUACGCUCACCAAGGGGCUGGAUUCUCACUGCGCUAUGAAAUCUUUAAAACCGGUUCGGACUGUUCCCGUAACUUCACAAGUCCCUCAGGUCUUAUUGAGUCCCCAGGCUUCCCUGACAAAUACCCUCACAACCUGGAGUGCUCCUUCAUCAUCAUCGUCCCCCCCAGCAUGGACGUAACCCUUACCUUCCUCACCUUUGACCUGGAGAACGACCCCCUGCCGGGCGGAGAGGGGGACUGCAAAUAUGACUGGCUGGAAGUGUGGGAUGGGCUUCCAGGAGUGGGCCCUCUAAUUGGUCGAUACUGUGGGACCAGGGUGCCUCCUGAGAUCCAAUCAUCUACCGGGAUUCUCUCUCUAGCUUUCCACACUGACAUGGCUGUGGCUAAAGACGGCUUCUCAGCUCGAUACAACAUGACACACAAGGAAGUCAGCGAGACUUUCCACUGUAGUAAUGCAUUCGGUUUGGAGUCAGGAAAGAUCACAGAUGACCAGAUCACAGCUUCAUCGACUUUCUAUGACGCACGCUGGCAGCCGCGCCAGGCCAGACUUAACUUCAAUGACAACGCAUGGACGCCCAAUGAAGACAGCAACAAGGAGUACAUACAGGUUGACCUCCAUACUCUGAAGGUGCUCACAGGCAUUGCUACACAGGGCGCCAUUUCGAAGGAAACACAAAAGUCUUACUAUGUCACUGAAUUCAAACUGGAGAUCAGCACUAAUGGAGAGGACUGGAUGGUCUACAGACAUGUCAGAAAUCAUAAGGUUUUUGUUGCCAACACUGACCCCACAGAGGUGGUUCUCAAUCGGAUCCCUCAGCCAGUCCUGGCCCGCUUCGUACGAAUCAGACCCCAGCAGUGGAAGAACGGCAUCGCACUCCGGUUUGAGCUCUACGGCUGUCAGAUUACGGAUGCUCCCUGCUCAGAGCUGCAAGGCAUGUUGUCUGGGCUGCUGCCCGACUCCCAGAUUUCUGCGUCCUCGAUGAGGGACAUCCACGGCUCCAUGGGGGCAGCCAGGCUGGUGGCCAGUCGGUCAGGCUGGUUUCCCAACCCAACACAACCCAUAGCUGGAGAGGAGUGGCUGCAGGUGGACCUUGGUGUGCCCAAGAUGGUGCGUGGGAUCAUAACACAGGGUGCGAGAGGGCUGGAGGGCAGCACCAGCGCUGAAAACAGAGCGUUUGUCAGGAAGUACAAACUGGCGCACAGCUUGACUGGCAAAGACUGGACCUACAUCCUUGACAGCAAGACUGGGUUUGCUAAGAUUUUCGAGGGGAACAGCCACUAUGACACUCCAGAGGUGCGGAGGUUUGAUGAGAUAGUGACCCAGUACAUCCGAGUCUUUCCAGAGAGGUGGUCGCCCGCUGGCAUUGGCAUGAGGAUGGAGGUCCUCGGCUGUGACCUGCCUGAAACUACCACUGUACCUGACACAGCGACCCCUACCCUGCCCAGAGUGGAACAAACCACUGCAGCAAUGAGACCCGCCACCACUCCGUCCCUGUCGGCUGUAUGUGACUUUGAGCAGAGCUUGUGCGGCUGGUCGGCUGAUCCCCAAUCAGGUGUUAGCUGGUCCCUGCACACCGCCAGCAGCAGUUCAAGCGGACACGGCACACAUGGAACGAGGCUGGAUCUGGCGCUGGGAUCAGACAACUUCUCAGGGAACUACCUCCACCUUGACGCAGGCGCCCACACCCAGCGUAAGCGAGCCCGGCUGCUGAGCCCUGAGGUGGGGCCGGAGCGAGGCCCACUCUGCCUCAUCUUCUACUACCAGCUGCAGGGGGAGGCACAGGGGAGCCUGAGGGUCCUGCUGAGGGAUAGCGACCAGGAGGAGACGCUGCUAUGGGCUCUAAAAGGAGACCAGGGGCCUCAUUGGAGAGAGGGCCGCACCAUUCUGCCCCAAAGCCCCAAAGAGUAUCAGGUGGUGUUUGAAGGGUUUUUUGAUCACCCGACCAGAGGCCACAUCAGAAUAGAUAACAUCCAUAUGAGCAACAGCAUGGAGCUGGAGCAGUGUACACAGCCUUUCCCUGCCUUAACUCCUGGCAUAACCACAGAUCCCAGACCUAUGGAUUUUGGAAAGGAUCCUGUUUUCAACAAGCCCUCUCUCAAUGAAGACUAUCUUUUCCCGGGAUGGCCGUCCUCCUUCUCCACCCCGUCCUCUGAUGUGGACCCCCCUUCUGUCACCCUAUUGUCAGAGAAAGACAAGGACAAUGCCUGGCUGUACUCUCUGGACCCCAUCCUUCUCACCAUCAUUGUGAUGAGCUCCCUCGGCGUCCUGCUGGGUGCGGUUUGUGCCGGACUGCUCCUCUACUGCACGUGCUCUUACAGUGGGCUCUCCUCGCGCUCCUCUACAACGCUGGAGAACUACAACUUUGAGUUGUACGACGGGAUCAAACAUAAAGUGAAGAUAAAUCAACAGAGGUGCUGCUCGGAGGCAUGA